AUGAGCGCCUACCGCGCGUGCCGGCCCCUUGCGCCCAUCCUUCGAACCCCCGGCCCCGUGCCUCGAUGCGUCCCCCGACCGCGAUACCCCCCGACCCAAGCGACUUUGACGGCCGCACGAAGGCUCUUCUCCCACGGCCCCCGCCGGCCCUGGCUCCACAACGACGCACACGACCGCCUGCGCAGCGCGCGUCCCAUCUUCACGGCCGACAAUGUGCGGCGCACCGUCCGCAGCCCGCGCACGCACACGGUCGUCGUCGUCGCCGUGCUCGCGGCGGGCGGCUUCUACUUUUCGAACCUGCAGACGGUGCCCGUGUCGGGCCGGCGGCGCUUCAACUGCUUCGCCGACGAGACGGUCGCCGAGCUGAGCGCGCAGCAGGUCAGGCAGAUUGAGCUCGAGGUCGAGCGCCAGGGCGGCCGCUUCCUGCCGGCGUGGGAUCCCAGGACGAGGCUCGUCGAGCGGGUCAUGGCCCGGCUCAUUCCCGUGUCCGGCGGCGGCGCGCUGCCGCGGGACGAGCACGAUGGUGCCGGGCCUGCGCCGCACGAUACGUGGUGGGGCGGUGGCCAGGAGGGCGAUGGGGACAAGAGCAGCAGCAGCAGCAGCAGCAGCAGCGGCGGCGGCAGCAAGGUGGACUGGGAGAUCCGGGUCAUCGACGACCCCAACACGAUGAACGCCUUUGUGCUGCCGGGCGGCAAGGUGUUUGUGCACAGCGGGAUCCUGCGGGCGACGCGGACCGAGGCCGGGCUGGCGGCGGUGCUGGGCCACGAGAUUGCGCACAACAUGGCGUCGCACGUCGGCGAGCGCAUGAGCGGGUCGAUCGGCAUCAACAUUCUGCUCUACAGCUUCUACGCCCUGUCGUACGCCAUCCCCGGCGGCAUCUUCCUCAUCCACUCGCUCGGCGGCGGGCUGCUCGACAUGGUGUUCUCCAUGCCCAUGAGCCGCAUGCAGGAGAGCGAGGCCGACUACAUCGGGCUCAUGCUCAUGGCCGAGGCGUGCUACGACCCGCGGGAGGCCGUCGGCUUUUGGCAGCGCAUGGAAGCCGCCUCGCGAAGUCAGGGCGAGGAGGUGCCGGAGCUCAUGAGCACGCACCCGUCGAACCAACAUCGUAUUGAGAAGAUUCAGAGCUGGCUGCCCCAGGCUCUGGAGAAGUUCCAAAUCAGCGACUGUCAGGGCACGUCGGCGUUUGCGGAUGCUUUCCGACGGGCUCUCGAGCGUGGCACGCAAUUCCAGACCAUUUACAUGUGA